GCUCUCCCUGUUCUUCUCGUUUCCUCCCCGCAGGUUAUGGGCACGCUGCCCCCGGCACCGACGCAGGCAAGGCCUUCUGCAUGUUCUAUGCUGUGCUGGGCAUCCCCUUGACGCUGGUCAUGUUCCAGAGCCUGGGCGAACGGAUGAACACCUUCGUGCGUUACCUGCUGAAGCGCAUCAAGAAGUGCUGUGGAAUGCGCAACACCGACGUGUCUAUGGAGAACAUGGUGACUGUGGGCUUCUUCUCCUGCAUGGGGACGCUGUGCAUCGGGGCCGCCGCCUUCUCCCAGUGUGAGGAGUGGAGCUUCUUCCACGCCUACUACUACUGCUUUAUCACGUUGACUACCAUUGGGUUCGGGGACUACGUGGCCCUGCAGACCAAGGGUGCCCUGCAGAAGAAGCCACUCUACGUGGCCUUUAGCUUUAUGUAUAUCCUGGUGGGGCUGACGGUCAUCGGGGCCUUUCUCAACCUGGUCGUCCUCAGGUUCUUGACCAUGAACAGCGAGGACGAGAGGCGCGACGCCGAGGAGAGGGCGUCCCUCGCCGGAAACCGCAACAGCAUGGUCAUCCACAUGCCCGAGGAGGUGCGGCCAGGCCGGCCCAGGUACAAGGCGGACGUCGGGGACCUGCAGUCUGUGUGCUCCUGCACGUGCUACCGCUCGCAGGACUAUGGCGGCCGCUUGGCGGCGCCACAGAACUCCUUCAGUGCCAAGCUUGCCCCCCACUACUUCCACUCCAUCUCUUACAAGAUCGAGGAGAUCUCACCAAGCACAUUAAAAAACAGCCUCUUCCCAUCCCCCAUUAGCUCCAUUUCUCCUGGGUUACACAGCUUUACCGACAACCAUAGGCUGAUGAGACGACGGAAGUCUGUCUAGGUGUGGGGAGGGAAAUAGAAGAGUCCUUUGUCAUAGUGGACGUUGAGUUCCAUUGGCCCAACUCGUCUUUUCUUCCUUAUUUAUUUAUUAUGAUUAUUCUUUAUUAUUAUUGUCAUCAUUAUUACUUUCUCUCCUUCCUCCUUUCUUGGUCUCUUAGUCUCAUCCUCCCCCCUGCCUUUCCAACCAGACAGAGCAGGCCAAAGGGAAAAUAAAGGCCCGUCCUCCUCUGAAACUCGCAUCUGAGCAUGAAGCAUGGAUUCCCUCCUUCCUUCCCAGCAGAGUAUGCCUUACAUUUCUCCCCCAACCUACCCCGUCUCUGGGGUGGUUGUGCCAGGACAGGUGUGAGACCAGGACCAUGGAGACAGAGCUGAGAGGAUACCCAACCCAAAGUCGCACACCAAGCUAAGAGCCUUCGAUUGCCCACCCAUAGUGGUGUCUGACCUAACUCCUUUCUCCCCAAGGACUGGGUAGCUCGUGUGUGUGUGUAUGUGUGCGUGUAUGCGCGCUUCUGUGUGCGUGUGUAUCAUGUGACAAUAUGGAAAGUAUCAGGUAUUCAUUUUUCUUUCCCACCCCCCAUCAAAGCCCGCUUUUGGCUGCUUCCAAACAAAAUGGAAAAACAAAACCCGUGAGGUUUCUGAUUUAUCAUCUUGCCAAAUCAAGCAUGUUUCAUAAGCAGUCUUUAUCCCAGAUGUGUCAUGGUCAUAUUUUUUAAAAUGCUAGGUUCUAAAUUAUAUUAACUUUUUUUAGGGGGGCGGGUGGGCAAGACAACCUGGAUCAUUUUAGCUUGCCAGUUCAAAAAUUUUUAAAAAGCAUGCACUUUGUUAAACUGGUAUGCAUUAUCAACACAAGAAAACGAAACUAGCAAUGGAAUAAUCAAAAGCCAAUACUAUUAAUUUAUUGAUGACAUUUGAAAUCUUAUCAUCUCCAGUUCCAACAAUUUACCAUGCAACUGGAAUUGUCAGGGAAACUGGAAAAUUGUUGGAACCACACAGUAUCUAUUUUAUUAUUUCCCUGUUGGAUGAUGAUGAUUUUGUGCAGCGUUUACUGCAUAAAUAAGAAUUAUAGUUUUGGAAUGCUUGGGUGAGAAUGGGUAUUGGUAUGUGGAUGUGGUUUCUUUUCCUAAAAAGUGACAGGGCAUUCCUCAUUUAAAAAAAAUAUAUACAUAUAUAUACUACAUAUAUAUUUCAGGAAAGAUUGUCUCUAAUUGCAUUUGAUAUGUAAAUAAAGGAAAGUUCAUGUUGGUCUCAGGAAGAGCUUAGAGGCAAGGAGCUGUGUCUUGGCCUACUGGGAACUUACCAAUCUCAGGGGACAAUUUUGUCUGAGUAGUGGAGAAAUUCUUCCCAACUCUCAAUAGGGGAUGACCCCAAAGGGAAGAAGACCUGCUAACCUCUUGGGGGACAGUUUAGGCUGUAGAAUCUGGCACAUUAGAGGCCCUUACAAUGGCAGGAAUAAAGGACAGUUUGACCUCCAAAUUCAGUGAGGGAACUUUAAUUUCCCCCAUUACCAUCUCUGCCAUUUCUAAAAAUCACCCAUCUACCCAUAUCCCCCUCCACUCUUUUUUCGUAAACUGGAAGUUCAUGGCUCUUGGAUGGAAGUGGACUUUGGCUGUACUACUCAGAAGGAGCACGUUUAUGGGCCUGUCUCAAGGCCCCAGCGAGAUCUCCCAGAAAGGAGGCUUUGCUCCUUAGAGUAGACCUACAGGAUUUCUUAAAGGAGACAGCACCCGAAUGCCACCAGUCCCAAGCAUUUGGGCCAUUGGGCUGAAACACAGGAGCAUUCAAGACUCCUCUGAAAAGGAUGUGCAUGUACUUUAAUGCUACAUUCCGUGUCGAAAUUUCCCCUUC